UGGGGGGGUUGGGGGGUGUACCGUGCGUCGUCGCCAUGCGACUCGACCAGAACGUCACACUGCAAACAAGAGUCAGACAAUUUGUUAUGUCGCGUUCAAACAGUAUUUUAUCUACUACCGAACCCAAAAGGAGCGCAAGUCACCGCGUGAUUCAAUGAUUUACCUGGGAGCCCCCGCUCUCCGGUUUCGUUUGUAUUGUUUCAGGAGCCUUCUAAACUUGCACGGUAGAAGCGCUUGAAAAGACCUCGGUUUAAAGUGGCAUUCGCUCUUGUAUAAGCAUGGAGUGAGAGAGCGUAAAGGAAAGGGCCGCAGGGACCGAUUUGGACAUGGACCAGCAGUAUUGUGAGCUUUGUGGAAAGAUGGAAAACCUGCUUAAAUGUGGACGGUGUCGGAACUCUUUCUACUGUAGUAAAGAACACCAGAAAGCGGACUGGAAGAAGCACAAGCAGGUUUGUAAAGAGGCCGAGAAACCACAGUGUCAGCCACAGCCCGAAUCAACACAACAGCCCGCACGGACUGCGAAAGGAGGGCAAGACAAGCAGCUAAAAAAGAAAAGCACAGAACAACAGAGUAAAACAGCUUCUCAGAGCACCACAAACACUGGGCUUUCAAAUCCGCCUGCAGGUGGCGAAAGAAUGAAAGAUUUGAUCACUUCAGCAACUCGCUCGGGUAGUGUGUCUGACAGCAAGCAGACUGGGGAAGGAAUUAAACUCAGCUCUAAGACCAACGGACAAACGAUGUCCCCCCCGCAAAAACUGGCUAUGGACUAUAUUGUUCCAUGUAUGAAUAAGCAUGGCAUUUGUGUUGUUGACAAUUUCCUUGGAGAAGAGACUGGACUGAGCAUUUUGGAGGAUGUGAGAGCCCUCCACAAGACUGGUAAAUUUACUGAUGGACAGUUGGUUAGUCAAAGAAGCGACUCCACUAAAGAUAUACGAGGAGACAAAAUAACCUGGACUGAAGGAAGAGAACCUGGUUGUGAGAAGGUAGCAUUUCUCAUGAGUCGCAUGGACGACAUGGUCCGACACUGUAAUGGUAAACUGGGAAACUACAGAAUAAAUGGAAGGACGAAAGCCAUGGUGGCCUGUUACCCAGGCGACGGGACUGGGUAUGUACGUCAUGUGGAUAACCCUAACGGCGAUGGGAGAUGUGUAACGUGUAUUUACUAUCUCAAUAAAGACUGGGAGGCUAAGAAACACGGAGGAAUCCUGAGGAUUUUCCCAGAGGCCAAGGCGCAGUUCGUCGACAUCGAACCCAAGUUCGACCGCCUGCUCUUCUUCUGGUCGGACCGGCGGAACCCCCAUGAGGUGCAGCCAGCAUACUACACCAGGUAUGCCAUAACAGUGUGGUAUUUUGAUGCCGAUGAACGAGCUCGGGCCAAGGAGAAAUAUCUAACAAGUGCAGGAGAAAAGGGAGUAAACGUAGAAUUGAACAAGCCGUCGGAUCUGAGCUAAUAUGAGAGAAGCUUCCUGCCAUCACCCGCUGCUGCUGUGGACAGAUGGGGAAAGAGGGAUGGAUGGUGGGAGAGAGGGAAGGAAAAGGGAUGGUGGGAUGUAGAGGAGAGAGAUGAAUGAACCCAACUUGGAAUAGUCUGCUUUCUUUAAACUUGUAAUAUCCAAAGUUGACACACAACACACACAGAGACCCUGAAUGUGAUGACAUUGCACUGCAAGGAAUCAUCAUUAUUUGCCAAGUUUCUGUUUUUGCUUGUUGCAUUGAUUUUUGGGCUUUAUUAUGUGAAGAAUGCCGGUGUAAAAAUGAGCUAUGGAGAAAAAUAAUAUGUAUUAAGUGAACCGAAUGCAAAAAAAAUAUAUUGUUGUGAAUUUUAGGGUGAUGAAAGGAGUGUACCCAUAUGUACUUAUCUGUCAGACGGGUUGUCGUGGUCUCCAUCGGAUGGAUCUCUCAGUGUUAUAAAAAAGGUACAAAAGGCUGUGCGUGAUGUCCCUCUAUUGCCUGAUGCGCACUAUAGAGCCGACUCAAACCGCACUGCGCUAAUUUGGAUACUUUCUUUUCACAUGAUCCUUUGCAUCACAAUUCUAGGAUGAUGAGUAACCACGCCAGACCAGUACAGUACAACUAGUCACGGCCCGGUUUGGCUUAGUUGAGUAAAAAGGCUAUUAAUAGCUUGAGCUGCACUGACUCGAAUAAGAUAGAAGUUUUCACAUUUUUUGCAAACUGCGGUAGUGAUUUUCACAUUGCAGGUAUAUGUUGACUGCGGUGCUGUUCUGUGUCCUGGCACUCAAUGCUUGGUAACUGGGUCUUGUUCAUUAGGCACCAAACAGAAGAAAAUGGACUGAAACUGACAUGCUCGUUUUCCGUUGCAAAACAGUUUUAAAAGUUUUCCUUGCGUGCCCUAAUGAACACGGCCCUGUGUGCGCUACAGAAGCAUCCUGACCUGCGAUCAGUGAUCUGUCAGUUGUUGCAGACAUUAAUAUCACCUUUGUCUUAAAAAACAAAAACUGACACCUACCUAUUAGCCUUGCAGUUCUGAAGUUGAAUUUUUUUGUAAAAAGGUGGGUUUUGUAUGUGCAAUUUGAGUCUACUGCUGUAUGGUCUCAUCAUUACAGUGUGUGUGUGUGUGUGUGUGUGUGUGUGUGUGUGUGUGUGUGUGUGUGUGUGUGUGUAUCUGCACGUAUGCAUGUGUGCGAUACCUUCACUAACCACUGAGCAGAGGUUGAAAGUGAGUGAGAGCGACUGCAAGAAUACCGGCAUGACUCUUCUCUCUGGCUAUACACCAUCGCCAUCAUGUGGUCACAUCUGACCAAUGAGUUUAUCAACAGGAGAAUUGGCAGACCCAACUGAAUGCGGCAGGUAUCCUAGCGGUUAAGAGCGUUGGGCUAGUAUCCGAACUCGCUGGUUUGAAUUUUUGUUCAAACUGUAUUUAUUUGCCAUUGAUCUAUUCAUGUAUCAAUAAAUCAGUUGACAUGUAAAUAAGACAA